GCGUAUUCACACACACACACACACACACACACACCAGUCUGUCUGUCACAGCAGCUGAAUGACAGACCCACUGAAACUGACACACACACACACACACACACAGACAGAGAGAGAGAGAGACUGCAGGAGGGACUCUGGCUCUGAUCCACAGCUGACUAAGUGUUGACAGAGGUCCACGUCUCGUUCUGACACCUGUCAACUGUUCCAAAACACGGGCCUGUCGCCGUGGAGAUACUGAUGAGCAGAGAUAAGAGGGAGGAGAGGAUUCCCCUGUCAGACAGUCCUGAUAAGACAGAGCAAAGCAAACACACACGUCCUGACACGGUGUUCACAAUGGACCAGCACCAACUGCAGCAGCACGCCAAGGUGGAGCGAUUUCUCAAGUUAGGAUAUUCUCACACUGACAUCCUGAGGGUCCUGGAGAGCCUCCACCAUGAUGCCCAGACCAAUGACAUUCUGGAGGAGCUGAUAAAGACCUGCCAGACUCACUCGUACAACAACGACGACAGCAGUCAACAGAAGAACAACAGUCCCAAACUGGUGCCCAGAGGCUGCAGUCCUGGUCCCAGUCACACCGGGGACAGAGAGCCCGCUGCUGGAUUCAGACCAGUGGUUAUAGAUGGAAGCAACGUGGCCAUGAGCCAUGGCGACAAGAAGGUGUUUUCGUGCCAGGGUCUCCAGCUCGCAGUGAACUGGUUCUGGGACAAAGGGCUGCGGGACAUCACCGUGUUCGUUCCUCUGUGGAGGAAGGAACAGUCACGACCAGACGCACCCAUCACAGAUCAGCACGUCCUUCAUGAGCUGGAGAGAAGGAAGAUCCUGGUGUACACACCAUCUCGCUGUGUCAACGGUAAGAGGGUGGUCUGCUACGAUGACCGCUACAUUGUCAAGCUGGCCUUCGACUCGGACGGCAUCAUCGUGUCCAACGACAACUACCGCGACCUUCAGACGGAGAAUCCGCAAUGGAAGAAGUUUAUAGAGGAGAGACUGCUGAUGUACACUUUCGCCAAUGACAAGUUCAUGCCUCCGUAUGACCCUCUGGGCAGAAAUGGUCCAACCAUUGAUGAUUUUCUGAGAAAGAAGUUGAGAAGCACCGACAACAAGCUGCAGCACUGUCCAUACGGAAAGAAGUGUACUUACGGAGUGAAGUGCAAGUUCUACCACCCGGAGCGGACCAACCAAUCACAGCUCUCUGUGGCCGAUGAGCUGAGGGCGCUCAGAGACCGAGCCAAGAACUUCUCACCCAGACCGAGCAUGCAGGACACGACCUUCUGCCCUGCCGUGUACCAGCUGGAGCACAGGUACAGCUGCUCCACGCCUCCACCCGUCAGCACGGAGGAGACGCAGUCACACAGAGCUUCACCCAGCGAGCUCUUCAUCCAUCACAGAGACUCCAGCAGCCCGAGGAGCCUCCACCACUGUCCCAGCACAGACGUCGACGAGGCCUUUGGUUCCAUGGAGAGCUCCAUGUCCCGGCUUCACAUCCGGGACAUGUCCUUUAGCACGGAGCUGCACCCUCACAGCUACAGCAGCGGUGUGGGCAGCUGCAGCCUGAGCCACCAGGACUACUCCCUACCAGGCUCGUACGGAGGGAGCAUGCAGAGGCCCUGUCUGAGCGCUGGGUACCGCCCUCAUCACGACUGCAGCCAGUGCAGCUGUGGUCAGCAGCAGAGCCUCCAGCAGAGCCUCCAGCAGCAGCCUGCCUGGUCCUCCUGCCCGGCUCUGCUUCAACACAAACAUGUUUCAGAGACGCAGCACUUCAACAGACACAGCCACGCCCACACUGUGCCCACAGAGCCAUGGCUGCAGGGGCUCAACGGUCGGGAGCAGAAGCCCAGCACGUCCUGUGAGCAGAGGAAGGACCUGAGGAGCCAGCUGAGCACCCUGUUCCCUCAGAGCACAGUGGAGCGGGUCAUGAACGCUUACCCAGACAUUUCAGACAUGUCAGCACUGAUCCCGCUCAUCCAGAGCUACAGGACCAGCCACAUCUCCCUCUGACCUUCACGCACACACACACCUACACACACUGAGAAUGAGCCCUUGGUGUGUUUUCUCAUCCAAACCUGAAAAAGUAACUUUUCUAGCGUUUUUAUUUAAAGUGACUGAUGAGUGGCAUUAAUCCAAACUUGCCCUUGAUUCUAAGCAUUAAGUGCUGAACACGCAGCAGACUGAAAGCCGUUUCUUUAUCCCAGUGUCCAAGUGCAAUGCACCAUCAUGUUAUUAUCAUGUUAUUAUCAUGUUAUCAAAGCAGCAUGUGUUGUUUUCUGUUCCUGCCUCAAAGUGAGGAAUCGCUCCCAUCUUUACUUUUGUAAAGGUUGCAUUUCCUGUGCCUGUCAAAAUAAAAACACUCAAGUCAC